CGUCCACGCCCCGGUCUUGGGCGGGGCCGCCCCGCCUCCGGUGCUGCCUGCAGAGUUAAGUCCGAGGCCAUGGGGUCUCCGCACCGCCGUCAUGGAUCAGCUGCGCGCUGGCGUCCGCCUGAGGAUCGUGCUGGGACACCUCGGCCACCCCUUGGCCGCGGCCAUCGUAGCCCACCCCACUUCAGGGACAUCUUCCCCUGCCAGUUUCCAGCCUCAGAAAUUCCAGUAUACUCUGGAUAAUAAUGUUCUAAGCCUAGAACAGAGAAAAUUUUAUGAAGAAAACGGGUAUCUGGUCAUUAAGAAUCUGGUGUCGCAUGCUGACAUUCAGCGCUUCAGGAGUGAGUUUGAAAGAAUCUGCAGAAAGGAGGUGAGACCACCGGGCUUAAUGGUGAUGAAAGAUGUGGCCAUUGUGAAAUCGGAGCAUAACCUGAGUGAGAAAUCAGUUACCAAGGUCCAGGACUUCCAGGAAGACGAGGAGCUCUUCAGAUACUGCACCCUGCCCGAGAUCUUGAAAUAUGUGGAGUGCUUCACCGGACCCAAUAUUAUGGCCAUGCACGCAAUGCUGAUUAACAAACCUCCAGAUGUUGGCAAGAAGACGUCCCGUCAUCCCUUGCACCAGGAUCUGUACUAUUUCCCCUUCCGGCCCAGCAAUCUCAUUGUUUGUGCUUGGACCGCGAUGGAGCACAUUGACCGGAACAACGGUUGUCUGGUGGUGCUCCCCGGCACCCACAAAGGCCCCCUGAAGCCGCACGACUACCCGCAGUGGGAGGGAGGAGUUAAUUUAAUGUACCACGGGAUCCAGGACUAUGAGAAGAACAACGCCCGCGUGCACCUUGUGAUGGAGAAGGGGGACACAGUUUUCUUUCAUCCUUUGCUCAUCCAUGGAUCCGGGCGGAACAGAACCCAAGGCUUCCGGAAGGCCAUUUCCUGCCAUUACGCCAGUGCCGACUGCCACUACAUUGAUGUGGAGGGCACCAUCCAAGAAAACAUUGGGAAGGAAGCUUCACGAAUGGCGGAUAAAUUCCAGGGCUAUGAGGGCACCGUGGACUUGAAGGAUGUUUGGAUAUUUCGAAGUCGACUUGUGAAGGGGGAACGAGUCAACCUUUGAAACCACCCUUUGCUAAAACUCUCCUACAGGAACGCCAAACAAAACCAGGUGUCAGAAGAAAACCCUUCCCUUGUGAUGGUGUCAUCUGUGCUAUCACUCGUUAACAAAAUCACAAACCAUGGCUCAGGUACUUGAUUGCAUACAGUUAAUUCUGCAGUGCAAUGAGGGUGUGGUGAUGGAAGUAAAAACAGUAAAACUGAAAUAGUAUUGUCUCAAGGAAAAUCAUCUGGGGUUACAACAAGAUUAAUAAAGAUAGUUGACAUAA